AUGUCUUCUCGUGUCCUCAGAAUUGGUCUUAUCCCCGGUGACGGUAUCGGCCGUGAGGUCAUUCCGGCCGGUCGUCGUAUUCUCGAGGCCCUGCCCUCUUCUCUCGGCCUGAAGUUUGAGUUUACCGACCUCCAGGCUGGUUUCGAGACUUUCGAGAAGACCGGUGCCGCCCUGCCGGACAAGACCGUCGAGGUACUCAAGAACGAGUGCGAUGGUGCUCUCUUCGGUGCCGUGUCCUCGCCCUCCAAGGCUGUCAAGGGCUACAGCUCGCCCAUUGUUGCCCUUCGCAAGAGAUUGGACCUCUACGCCAACGUCCGUCCCGUCAAGACUGUCUUGUCCGCCCCGAACCCCAUCGACAUGGUGAUCGUCCGGGAGAACACUGAGGAUCUGUACGUCAAGGAGGAGAAGACCUACGAUGGCCCCGAUGGCAAGGUUGCCGAGGCUAUCAAGCGCAUCUCCUACAAGGCUAGCUCCAGAAUUGCCACCAUGGCCGGUGAGAUUGCUCUGAGACGUGAGAAGAUCAGACAAGCUGGUGCCCCAAGCAUCCACAAGUCUCCCCUCGUCACAAUUACCCACAAGAGCAAUGUCCUGUCCCAGACCGACGGCCUUUUCCGUGCCACUUCCCGAGAGGCUCUUGCCGCCGCGAAGUUUGCUGGCAAGGUUGAGGUUGAGGAGCAGAUUGUCGACAGCAUGGUUUACAAGCUAUUCCGCCAGCCUGAGGCCUACGAUGUCAUUGUUGCCCCUAACCUGUAUGGUGACAUCUUGUCUGAUGGUGCUGCUGCCCUUGUCGGUUCUCUUGGUCUUGUUCCCAGCGCCAACGUUGGUGAGGGUUUCGCCAUUGGCGAGCCUUGCCAUGGCAGUGCCCCUGACAUCAUGGGCCAGGGAAUCGCCAACCCUAUUGCCACCCUCCGCAGCACCGCGCUCAUGUUGGAAUUCCUGAACGAGGAGGAGGCUGCCGCCAAGAUCUACGCUGCCGUCGAUGCUAACCUGGAGGAGGGCAAGCUGCUCAGCCCUGACCUUGGUGGUAAGGCCAAGACUGAUGAGGUUGUCGAGGACAUCCUCAGGAGACUGUAG